UGAGGUUGAGUUUAGUGUGUGCAGGGUGAGUCAAGGGAAGAGAAGCAGGAGCUAACAGACAAAUAGUUCAGGAGAACAGACAUAUUUACACCAGACAACUUUCACCAAUCUCACCCAACCUUUCCAGGCAGUAGGCAGUAGGCAUGCGAGAGUUUCUAUUAGUGGGACUCCUCUUUGGAGUCUCAUUGGGGGACAAGGGACCAAAUCCUGAUCAGUCCUAUGGAGCCCCUCAACAGUCUUAUGGAGCGCCACAGCAGCAGGUUAAGUACGGUGGUCCUAUCGUAUACUCUGGAGAGAAACCACCAAUAAUUCACUUCCCUCCUCCCCCAGAGCCCUCAUACUCUAAUGGUGGAUAUGGCGGAGGUUCCAAUCCUCCCCCUGCAGUUAAAUAUGUACCACUGCCCCAUCAUGAACUUCCCGUUCUGAUCUAUCAGUCUGAUAAUGCUCCUCCUAUUCAUGUGGUUCACACGCCCCGCCCAGCCACCCGCCCCUCUUAUGAUCCUCCAAAACAAACUUAUGAGGAGUCCAAGCCAUCAUACAACAAGCCUCAACAGAAGCCAGCAUACAACCCACCUCCUCCAACUAAGCCAGCUUACAACCCACCCGAACCGACCAAGCCUGAUUACAACCCUCCCUCCAAGCCUGCAUAUAAGCCCCAACAGAAGCCAAGCUACAAUGCACCUGAGCCCCGUCCAAGCUAUGGACCUCCUCCUCCUAAACCCUCAUAUAACAGACCUCAGGCUCAGCAACAGCAGGCUAAACCAUCUUAUGGACCACCACCUCAGUCCAAUAGACCUCCUAUCAAUCAAAGACCUAACAGACCUAGGCCUCCACCAGCUAAACCCAGCUAUGGACCUCCCAAGAAACCAACCUACCAAGAGAAGCCAAAGCCUAGCUAUGAGAAGCCCCAACCACCUCCUAAACAGAGCUAUUCUGCUCCUGCCCCUGAGACUUAUUCUCCUCCUGCUGAACCAUCUAAGCCAUCAUACAGUUCUCCACCCGUACAGUCCUACCAGGCUCAGGAGCAGAAACCAGUUUAUCUACCUGCCCCACCAGCACCAGCUCCAGUAGCAGUUAAUGCACCAAAACCUGUCUAUGCUGAAACCCCAUCCAAACCAGCUUAUGAAGCUCCUAAACCUUCAUAUACCCCUCAAGCUCCAGCUAAACCAGCUUAUAACCCUCCUGCACCAACACAAGCAGCAUAUAAUCCCCCAGCCCCGACAAAACCGGCUUACAACCCACCUCCAACCAACAAACCCUCUUAUGCACCUCCUGCACCUACCUAUGCUCCACCUAAGCCUGUUUACAAACCCAAGCCGAGCUACAAACCUCCACCAAAGCAAACCUACAAUGAACCUCUCCCCUCUCCAGCAGCUCAGACCUACCAGCCGGAAAACAAUUAUGAGGAAGCCCCACACAUCAUUUAUGCAGGACAUCCUCCAAUCCAUAUCUACCAACAGCCUCCGGUUUUAGAACAAGCUUACCAGCCUCCAGCACCAGUAUAUAAGCCUCCAGCAUCCCCUAAACCUCUGUACAACCCUCCUGCCCCCCAACCUCCUUCAUACAACCCUCCAGUAGCUCCAAGCAAACCAACAUAUGAUGCCCCUGCACCUCCAACAUACAAUGCUCCAAAGCCAUCCUAUAAUGAACCUAAGCCAUCUUAUAAUGAACCCAAGCCUUCUUAUAAUGCCCCUAAGCCUACUUAUAGUGAGCCAAAGCCUUCUUACAAUGCUCCCAAGCCUAGCUACAAUGAGCCCAAGCCUUCUUACAAUGCGCCAAAGCCAUCCUACAAUGCCCCCAAGCCAUCCUACAAUGCUCCAAAGCCAUCCUACAAUGCACCCAAGCCUGCCUAUAGCCCUCCAAGACCAAGACCUCCCCCAAGCAAUCACCGACCUCAGUACCAGGCCCCCAGUCAGACUGAACCUGUUUAUGUACCUGCUCCUUCACAAUACAAUAAGCCUCCAAUUAUCAUCUACCAAGGAGUGAGACCACCUGUCCAUGUUUAUGAACAACCUCAGCAGCAACAGGCCCAUCAACAACAUCUUCCUUCUUACCAACCUAGGAUUGAUAAACAAGAACCACCAGUUGAACAACAGCAGAACCUUAACCCGGAAAAUCCUCAGCUAAAUCGCAAGAAGAAACAGCACCAUCAUCAUGAACAGUCAAAGGAAUUUAGACAUCAAAAUCAGCCCCAGAAACAGAAGCAACAGCAAUCUCAACAGCAAAGAAGACGCACUCAAGAGAAGAAGGAGAACAAUGGUUUCUUUGGUCUUCAGAACUUAUUUGUCCAGGAUAACACCAAUGAAUACCAACAGAAGAGGAAUGAGGUUGACCCAGGUCAAGCAAGGCAAGAUGCAACGAAAAGUCCAGCAGCAGAGUUCCUUGGUGCAGGGGUGGAGGAGGAGGGACGUCUUCAACCUAAGCUCCAGGAGAUAGAAGCUCCAAAAUCUGUACAUGUUAAUUCAAAUCUAAGUGUAACAGUUUCAGCCUCCACUGGUGUUACUAAUAUCGACACUAUUUCCGCUCCUAUUCCUGCACAAUCAAGAAUUGAUGCCUCUGAUGAUCGGUCGGCGGUUGUUAAGGCGGUUGUUUCAGUGGCGGGAGAAGAAAACCUCACUCGGCGGGGUACAGUCGAAGAUAUUCCAACAGAAUGA